AUGGCUGCCCUGAAGAAGUUCUUCAUUAAACAAAAGCUUGCUAAAAAGCAAAAGCAGAACAGGCCAAUGCCACAGUGGGCACGAAUGAAGACAGGAAACACGAUGAAGUACAAUGCGAAGAGGCGCCAUUGGAGACGUACUAAGCUGAAGUUGUAA